AUGAAACAGAAUUGGUACAAACCACAUCCAUAUGGAGUGUAUCCACGCGGUAAUGCAACUAAUUCCGACCAAAUUAUGAAUCGCUUUGGGACCCUAUCUAGAUUAUUUCAGAUCGGUUCAUCCAAUGAGCAGGACGAUACAGAGCUUCCUUUUCUGGAGUUGAUGCAACUUUUGAUGUCCUUUAUCGACGUUGAGGGAUUGUGCCGCCUCUCGCGCGCCUGCACUGGCUGGUACGUGAUGGUGCACUGCAGCGAUGCAUUCAAGACAGCUUACACAAGCCUCUUUUCAAACUAUCUGUGUUAUCGCGGCAGUUGGAAAGAAACUGCUAUUCGUGGAUAUCUACGCCACAAUCGGAAGGAUUUAGUGGGAAGGUCUGACGAAUCUUUAUCCUCACAGCAGCGUCACUUAGUAGACACAUGCAUGUCUCGGUGUUCUUCCACAGAGAAUCUUGUAAAGGCUCACCGUCCAGUCCUAUUGAGCCGUUCUUACUUCUGUGAUAAUUUUUUUCAGGCUUGGAUGUGCACUCUAUUGCCACCGACGUAUCAUCUAUGUCCUAUUGCAUCGAGCUCCACAAUUGACCAGAGAGUGUCUGGUUGUCAGAAUGAGAUUCAGGGCGAAGCAGACUCGAUUUUUUCGCUUGAUUCUUCAUCCUCAACACAGCAAUAUAGCUCCAGAUUUAAGCCGGUAGAACGGUGUUCAAAAAUUUCUCGAGACGAGUUUCGCCAAAGAUUCGAGGAACGGAAUGUUCCUGUGGUGAUAACGGAUAUCGCCACAGAGUGGCCAUUCUUUAAGAUUCUAGCGCGUGACUUUAAGAACCUUUCCGUGCAAAAAAAACUUUUGAUGCGGAGUGGGUGUCCCGUGGACAUUCCCUUCCGAUGCGAGCACACAAACAUGAGCCUAGACGAUUACGUGCGGUAUGCCACCGAGCAGACGGAUGAGCGCCCCAUCUACCUCUUCGAUCCCGAGUUUGGCGACGCGCUCGACUUGGAGCGACUCUACACGGUCCCGGCCCACUUCGCGAGGGAUGACUUCUUCUCCACCCUCGGGCCCGAGCGCCGGCCAAAGCACCGCUGGCUAAUCGCCGGUCCUGCGCGCGGCGGGAGCAGUUUCCACGUUGACCCCAACUACACGAGCGCGUGGAACGCCAACCUGACAGGGCGCAAGCGUUGGCUCCUCUUCCCUCCAGGCGUCCCCCCGCCAGGGGUCAUGCCGAGCCCCGACAUGGCCGAGGUCGCGACGCCCCUCUCCCUGACGGAGUGGCUGCUAAACUACUACGACGCAGCCGAGGUGCAGCUGCGGGGCGUCGGCUACGAGUGUAUCUGUGAGCCAGGGGAGAUCAUGUUCAUCCCCAGUGGGUGGUGGCACUACGUGAUCAAUCUGGAGGACUCCGUGGCCAUCACACAGAACUACGUGAGUGAGUGCAACUUGCCGUCGGUGAUCAAGUUCUUACGUCACAUGAAGGGCUCCAUCAGUGGGAUCGACGAGGACGCGGAGGGGACCUCCGAGGCCGCCAUUCAAAAGCGAAGGGAACGUUUUGCGGACGAGUUUGUGGCCGCCAUGCACCGAUGUCACCCAGCCGUUAUUCAACGUGUCGAGGACCAGCUUAAUGAGGAGCAAGAGCACCGAAAACGGAAGCGAAUGCAUCGCGUUGAUUUACUUGAGGGCUCAUCUGAUGGUUUUAAGUUCAACUUCUAA